AUGGGGAAUAUGUUUGGUUCAUCAUCACCACCACGGUCACGGCCAACGCCGCCGCCCCCACCGCCCCCACCGCCUCCGCCUCCGCCUCCGCCGCCGCCGCCCCCACCACCCCACCCCACCCCCCCACCAGCCGCCGCCCCGCCUCCACCCCCGCCCCCGCCCCCUCCCCCGCCCCCGCCAUCGCCACCGCCACCGCCGCCGCCGCCUCCACCGCUGUCGUCGCCGCCAUCGCCACCAAAAAAACCCUCAGAAAUAGAGAACAAAAGAGAUGGGAAAGAAGGUCAUCAUCCAAACUCAAAGCCACUUGAACCUAAGUUCUGGAUAAGCAAGAAGUUGAAUUGCAACUGUUUCAUGCUGUAUGCAAGGGCACUUUCAAUCAGUGGGGGAGAAGAUAAUCGCUAUUGGAAAUGGAUACAACUCCCAGAAUCAAGUGGGACAAUGAUAGAGGCAGCUGAACUGGAAAGAAUGUGUAGGCUGGAAGUGCAUGGGAGGUUAGACACAAGGAAGCUGACACCAAGAGUUUUGUAUGAAGUUUGCUUUGAUGUGAUGCUGAAAAACCCGGCAGAGGGCGGGGAGGUUCCUGUGAAUGUCAGGCUUGUGCUGCCAGGAGGGAAGAAGGAAGAACAUAGGGAGAAUUUGAUUAGCAAGAUGAGAGCGCAGUGGAUGGAGAUCCUAGUCGGGCGAUUUGUAGCACCAGCUCAUGAUGAAGGUGGAGAAAUGGAAUUCUCUCUGUAUGAAAUUGAAGGUGGGGCUUGGAAACAAGGCCUUGUCAUCAAAGGAGUCUCCAUCAAACCUAAUCCCAAUGACUACAGAAUUUCUCUGGAUUGAUGCAAAUCAUGCACUAUGACAGGUCAUCUGGUACUGUUCUAGAGUAUAAUAAAACUAAUCGUAGAGUUUUAUGUACUAGUUUCAGCUUAUAUA